UUGAAUGACAUUGAAGUUGCCAUAUUGCCGCCGGAUGAGGUUGAUGAAAUGACUGACAUAGAAGGUUAUGACGACGAUAUGGGAGUUUUGUCAGUGUCUGAUGUAGCUGGUCAAGUGGAAUUUUCGUGCACGAUCGAUAACGUCGCGGAAAAUCAUCCUACUCAAACCACAUCUCGGACAAGCAAGACAGUCACUUGGCGUAAGUGUGAACCAAUAUAUUCUGAAAUACAGCCGGAAUCUAAUACUGCUAAACAAUGUUUGGAAAAUAUGAUUACGGAGUUGGAAGGAAAAUCAGCGGUAGAAAUAUUCGAAAACUUGUUGUGUGACGAGAUUCUAGAAUAUAUUGUGCACGAAACUGUAACCUACGCCAAACAUUAUAAAAAUGAUUUGAACUUCAAUCUAACUAUAAAUGAGUUAAAAGUCUUUAUAGGAAUUUUGUUUUUCUCUUCGUAUUAUCACUUGCCGCAAAGUAAACUUUAUUGGUGUAGAGAUGAGGAUGCACAUAUUCCAUUUGUUGAACAGGCAAUGUCCCGUAAUCUUUUUGAUAAAAUUAAAUCCUAUUUACAUUUCAAUGACAACUCAUAA